AUGACAAAGACCGACGCCCUCCCGCAAGACCGUGUGCCUUGCGCUCCGCCCACGGUCCUAGUUAUUGGACUGGGCAUUGCAGGGCUCACCGCAGCGAUUGAGUGCCACCGAAAAGGGUGCAAGGUGAUCGGGUUUGAAAAGAAAAGAGGCGCAACUCAGCCAGGCGACAUUAUCGGGUUAAGCGGCAAUAGUGUGCGAGUGCUCUCACAAUGGAGCCCGGAGUUUUCUCAGUUUGCCGACGAGGAAAUUACCUGCGCCGUGGAGGCCUUAGAGUUCUAUGACCCAGCUGGAAAUUUGCAUGUCUCGAUGCCAUAUAACCCCGCAAGUCCCACUCAGGGAUAUAUGUUUCGGCGAACAGGGCUUCUGGAAAAGCUCUACGAACAGGCUAUCCGAGACGGAAUCGAGCUCAGAUAUGGGGUAAAUGUCACGGGGUAUUGGGAGGACGUAGGUAGUGCGGGCGUUUAUAUUGGUGACAGCAAUCACAACAUCGUCGCGGACUGUGUUAUUGCUGCAGAUGGUUUUCAUAGUACAGCAAGAAAAGUGUUUACCAGCGAAAAAGAUGCCCUGCAGCGAGAUGAGUUCAUCGGAGCGAUCGCAUAUCGGGCGAUCUUUGAUGCUCGCGAAACAACCCACCUCCCUGAAGCGCAGUGGCUCCUUGACAAGGCGCCUGCAGCAGAUGUUUUCCGGUCGUUCUUCGGCAAUGAUUUUAUGUUUGUUACGGGUACUGCAGCCAGAGGACGGUACAUACACUGGGCUUGUGCCUUGCGGGGUGAGCAGGCCGAACAGACCUCUCAAGCUUGGGUACAGCCGGCGAGCGCAGAGCCAGUGCUCGACCGCGCGCGUACCUGGCCAUCACCCACAGGGAGCAAACUGGCCGCCGUCAUAUCAGCAACGCCCCCCGACGCCUGCUUUAGUCACGCCUUGCUCGCCAAGCCACCCCUCCGCACUUGGGUUUCUCCCAAAGGAAGAAUGGUUGUGAUUGGGGAUGCAGCGCACCCCAUCCUUCCCUACGCCGGACAGGGAGCUAACCAAGCGAUUGAAGAUGCUGCAGUGAUUGCAAUUUGCCUUGAACGAGCAGGACCGAAGAGAAUCCCUUUGGCGCUGCGCGUAUUCGAAAAGCUCCGCGAGCAUCAGAGAUCUAACCACAUUAUGCCCAACUUGCAUGCCAGACACGAACGAGUGUCACUAAUUCAAGCGGGCUCAAUCGAAGCCGAAGACGCCUAUCUCAAGGCCAAUUGGGAAGGUGGCGACGAAACCAAGAAGCCAUCGGGAUACCUGCAACAGCCAUGGGUCUACGAACAUGACUGCGUGGCGCAUGCGCAGGCGGAGUUCGAUAUAGCAGUGGAAGCGAUCGAGACUGGUCGGAAAUAUAUCCCCACAAAUGUCCCGAUGGACGGGAAAUACCGGUCGGAGCAAUGA